AUGCCCGUGAUGAUGGUGCGAGGCGCUCCGGCCAAGCCCGCCGCCGACGGCGUCACCUGCAAUGUCCUCACGAACCAGGUCGCCCAGCCCAGGCAGCUCGUGCAGGAUCGGCUAGGCAACGUGCUCAUGGCCGAGCAAAGGGGAAUCCGACGGCUUGAACUCGACGACGCCGAAGGCAUGGACCUCAUCUCCCUCACGGCGGACGGCAAGACGCUCUUCGCCUCGUCCUCGACGGACGUGUACGCCUUCCCGUACGAUGCUGAGAUGCACGAGGGUGCGAUCUUAGUGCUGGUCCAGGGCAUGUCACAGCCACCGCCGUCGCCGCCGCUUCGCCGCUGGCCGAAAAGAGAAAGGUAG